AUGUUGGGCUGUAAAACAAGGGGUUUUUCAUUCAUGCGGGCUCUAUUGGGAAUUCUUGCUGACGAACUUCAUCUUUGUGGGGAUGCAGCUGCUGUUCCUCUUAUUCAGGAAAUGCUGAAAGUGAAUGAUGAUAAUGUAGAGGUUCAAACUUAUGGAAGACUUUCACCACUUGUUCCUCUAGAAGUUUCUCUUGGAUCUUUUUCUAAUAUAAAAACAGGAGAUUGCAUUGUAACAUUUUCACGUCAACAGAUCUAUAAAUUUAAGAAGCAAAUUCAGGAUAGGGGAAAACAUCUUUGCUCUGUGGUUUAUGGUUCAUUGCCACCAGAGACUCGUACAAGACAGGCAAUGAUGUUUAAUGAUGAAACUAGUGAGUUUGAUGUGCUUGUGGCCAGCGAUGCAAUUGGGAUGGGUCUUAAUCUGAAUAUUUUGAUGAUCAUAUUCUCCACUAUGAAAAAGUUUGAUGGUGUUGAAAUGAGGGAGCUUACAGUACCAGAGAUAAAGCAGAUUGCAGGCAGAGCUGACAGGUAUGGAUCCAAAUUUCCUGUUGGUGAAGUGACUUGUUUACGUGCAGAUGACCUACCAUUGCUUCAUUCAUCAUUAAUGGCCCCGUCUCCUAUUCUAGAGCAAGCUGGACUGCUUCCAAGCUUUGAUCUAUUGUAUAUGUAUUCACGUUUGCAUCCGAAUAGUGGUUUCUACCAGAUAUUGGUAGGUUGGCCAUGACUAUCUUGCUCUCCUUAUUUUGAUUGUAUAUAAUUAAUGUGGUAUUGACAA